CGUGUUCGCUGUCCGCCCGCUCGCGGUGCUGAAAUCCCGGCGCGCAGCAACAACAAUAAGGAGAAGAAGAAGAGGAAUGUGAGGGCGAUGAAAGACACGAGCGCCGGUUUACAUCAUGGACGAUGAUCUGUUCCAGCUGAGACAACUGCCUGUGGUGAAGUUCCGGCGUACAGGCGAUAGCACUUAUUCAGAGUAUGAGUGUGGAACGAGGGAUCAGAUGGUGCAGGUCGAAGGCGGAAACAUCGAUGCAGGUUCUGUGGAUCUGUCUGAUGGAGCUCCGGUACCGCAAGAGUUUGCCAACCCUACUGACGAUACCUUCAUGGUGGAGGAUGCUGUGGAGGCCAUCGGCUUUGGACAAUUCCAGUGGAAACUUUCAAUCCUCACGGGUCUAUCCUGGAUGGCAGAUGCCAUGGAGAUGAUGAUCCUCAGUAUCUUGGCCCCUCAGCUGCACUGUGAGUGGAGGCUCCCCAACUGGGAGGUGGCACUGCUCACUUCGGUGGUGUUUAUUGGCAUGAUGCUCAGCUCUUCAUUAUGGGGAAACAUAUCUGAUAAAUAUGGACGGAAAACAGGUCUGAAGAUGAGUGUUUUGUGGACUCUGUUCUACGGCAUCCUCAGUGCAUUCGCUCCUAUCUACGGUUGGAUUUUGUUUCUCAGAGCUCUGGUCGGUUUCGGUAUUGGAGGAGCGCCUCAGUCAGUGACGUUAUAUGCCGAGUUUCUGCCCAUGCGCUCCAGAGCUACGUGUAUUCUUCUCAUUGAGGUGUUCUGGGCUCUGGGCACGGUGUUUGAGGUGCUGCUGGCGAUCCUGGUCAUGCCGACGCUGGGUUGGCGCUGGCUGCUCGCUCUGUCCACAAUCCCACUCUUCAUCUUCGCCAUCCUCUGUUUUUGGCUGCCUGAGAGUGCCCGCUAUGAUGUGCUGUCUGGAAACCAGGAGAAAGCUUUGAACACGCUCAAACGCAUCGCUACAGAGAACAAAGUCCCCAUGCCACUUGGCAAACUCAUAGUGGCACGGCAGGAGGACAGGGGGAAGAUUAAGGACCUGUUCCUGCCUCAUUUCCGCUGGACUACAGUUCUCCUCUGGUUCAUAUGGUUCUCGAAUGCGUUCUCCUACUACGGCCUCGUCCUACUGACGACAGAGCUUUUCCAGGAGGGCGGCGCCUGCGGACAGACCAACGGCAGUAAAAAAGAGCCAAGGUGUAACCUGGAGUGCAAGUACCUGAACUCGGAUGAUUACAAAGACCUGCUGUGGACUACGCUUUCAGAAUUCCCAGGUCUUCUGGUGACGCUGUGGGCAAUCGAUCGGCUGGGGAGGAGGAAGACCAUGGCGCUGUGUUUCCUCGUCUUUUCAAUCUGCAUCGUGCCGCUCUAUGCCUGCGUGGGCAGGACGUCUUUAACAGUGCUGAUCUUUAUUGCGAGGGCGUUUAUUGCUGGAGGUUUCCAAGCAGCUUACGUUUACACACCUGAGGUAUAUCCGACAGCAACGCGAGCUCUGGGUCUGGGCACGAGCAGUGGCAUGGCCCGGGUCGGGGCUCUCAUCACACCUUUUGUGGCUCAGGUGAUGCUGGAGUGGUCAGUGUAUCUGACUCUGUCGGUAUACUGCUGCUGCUGCCUGCUUGCCGCCGUGGCAUCGUGUGCUUUACCCAUAGAGACGACGGGCCGAGGCCUGCAGGAGUCCAGUCACAGGGAGUGGGGACAGGAGAUGAAGGGCCGCGACUCCAUCCCUCGCUCCAACUCCUCAUCCACCUCCCAGCAGUGAGAAAGCAGGAGAGAGGUCAGGACGGAAUAGAGAGGGAAAAGUGAUGGAGGGGAAAAUCAGGACAGGGGACGAAAGAGUGAGAUUCAGUGGAGAAACAAGGAACUUUAGGGAAAAAGAAAGAUGGAAAGGGAAUGGAGCAGAAAGAGACUGUUAGAGGGGGAGAAAGAGAAGUUUGUGUAUAAUGAAUGAAGGAAAUGUGGUCAGGCAUCAAAGCCUGAAUGAUCGUUCACAUGAUUCAUGUAGUCACAUGACGCUACUCGUUUCAGUGAUUCAGCAGGUCAAGCACUUUGUGGACGACACACCGUAUCCUCACACGCCGGACCAGUGUGUAUCCCAGCUGACACGCACACAUCAGGAUGAAACGUACCGUUUGAUGACUGAAAUCACACUAAUCCAUCUGUGUUCACGAUCAUUUCAAACACAAGCUUGUUCUCUGUGGGUGACGAUCACCGUCCAGUCAACACUUCAUGCAGAUAUUAAUCGUAAGGCAAACCAGAGCUAAUUAUUAGCAUGACGCAGAUCAGGUUGUGCUAAUUUGCUUUGAUGUUGACCUUAUUAAUGAGAUUAAACCCUAAAAAACUGUUAAAAAAGCUACUGUAAGUAAGACAGAUGUUUGGUGUCUGCAGAUCGCUUCUUUAGUUAUGAGUUUAUUGUCGCUAAUGAGAGACGUACAGUAAGAGCAGCUUCCAGCAUUUAGCACUGUGCAAACUGUACGACACUGUUGUACAUUAAGUAGUUCAGUUUAUUUUACUUGGUGUCUGAUGUCAUGGUCGCAUGCCUGCUUGUUUUUACUUCUUGAUCAGUAACUCAGUUAUUUUUUCUAUAGCCACAGCAGAAGCUAAUUCUAGAGGUCAUUAAAAAAUAAUAUCUUUUAUUACUCUGGUUAAAAUAUGUAGUAAAACUACUGCCUCGGCAGCCUGACGUUAACAGCCAUCUUGGGCCUCCGAGUGGUGCAGGAGAUCGCAAGCUCGAUUCCCGGGUGAUGCUGUAACCUCUCGCAGCCGGAGGUCUAGAGAGAACUGAUUGGCCGAGCUCUCUCUCAGAGGGGAGGGAUGAGAGGUACUUAGUGUUCCCACAUUAAUCACAGCUCUACAGUCAAUCAGUGGUUUUAAUGUUAUGGCUGAUCAGUGUACAAGCUUCUUUCAUUUGUAGCGUAAAGAAGAAAUUUUAGACACCAAACAUCUCGGCUGAUUAUAAUUGCUGUAGUUCAGCAGGUAAAAUUCUAGCUUUUUUUUCUCUCCUUUGAAAGGAAAUCUAGAGAGAUGCUCUGUGUCAGUAGUGUGUAUAACUGAGGAAACCGCUUGUACUGCAAGUGUGCACAAAAUGAAUUAUGUGCUGGAGGUUUCAAAUGGCAUCAGCAAUCUGAGGGAACUAGUGAGAUGGAAGUGCAAAGCAGGACAUUAUUGUCUCUCUCUCUCUGUGUGUGUUUGGUUUAAAGAGUACAGGACGGUAUUAGAACAGAAAAAGAGGAAUUUCUGAGAGUUUAUUUUACUACAAAACACAGCUUUAGAGCAGUAAUCUGUAAAAAGUGACACAUUUCGAUGACACCCUGGUCAGUCUUUCAUUGGUGUUGUGACCGACAGCAGGGUGGCCUCCACACACACACACACACACACACACACACACCUCAUUCACCACUGAUAAUUACGUGGACUGAAAAUACGUUGUACGCAGCAAAGGUGUUAUUUUUAACCACCACGUCACAUGAGCGUCAUUUUACCACUCAGCCGAAACUUCACGCGUGUAUUAGAUACAGUAUAAACACACUCACUGCUUAUUAAGGUUAAGCAAACACAAAACCAUUUCUCAAAUGGACCUUAAGAAACAUGUCCUACUGUAAUAGCGGCGAGAAUAAGAGAAAGUUAUCGUCGUUGUUCAUAAAAACACAGCUGAUGAUCGGCAGGUCAGUUUUAAUUUUUAUUUUAUUGAGACAAUUGAAAUGAGUGAAAUUGGCUGGGAAUGUUUAAGACCUCAUUUUGGCAACUGAAAACACACACACCAAAAAACAAUCAAGAUUAAACUGAAUGUUUGUAAUUUAUGAAGUCAUAAACGGCAGAUAAUACAUUUGGCUCGUCUUGGCUGAUUGACUACAAAGUGCAAAAAUAAAUUACAUUUUUAAUUUUUUUUUGGUGAUUACUU